CAAAGAAUGAGUGUAUGAAUCAGUUUCAGUAGUCUGGACCAUGAAAAUGAUCCAGAAGAGGGCGGUAAUGCACCGGAAAAAACUGGAUGCCAACCGCCAAUAAACCUCAAGAAGAAGAAGAAGAAGAAGUAAACCUAGAGAAGAAGAAGAGCAGGAAGAGGAACCACAACAGUGCUGGUCCGUUAAUAUAAUCAUCCAUGUGCUGGUCCUGCAGGAUCAGGGAGCCCUGCUGACCCGGAGCCCUGGUACCAUAUCUGACCCCGGACCCCCGUACCCCUGUACUGACCCCCAGACCGACCCCGGAGCCCUGGUACCAUAUCUGACCCCCAGACCGAGCCCGGACCCCUGGUACCCUCUCCGACCCCGGACCGCUGAUUCCUGCUGAACCCCCCCCCCCCAGCCCUCUCCAUGGAGCCGCUCUCCUUCCACGCGGAGCGGCUCUCCUUCCACUCCCAGCUGGCCUCCAUCAUGGAGGUUCUGGCCAACGCGGCGGUGACGGAGAUCUGCCGGCUGGUGGACGAGGACGUGGCGGGGCUGCAGCUGCAGAGCAGCCGCUUCCAGCGGGAGAACCGGCUGCUGAAGCGGCGGCUGCAGCAGCUGGAGCUGCAGAGAGCGCGGAGCUCCGCGGAGAGGAGGGUCCGCAUGGAGCUGCAGCGGGUCCGGGAGAACCGGGAGAUCCGGGACAGCGGCGGCCAGGGCCGGCUCCGGCAGAUCCGGGACUCAGAGGACCCGGGCCGGCUCCGGGAGAUCCGGGAGAACCGGGACACCCAGGGCCGGCUCCGGGAGAUCCGGGAGAUCCGGGACAGCGGGGACCAUGAGCGGCCGCAGCGGCUGCAGAUCGGCGCGGGGCCCCGGGAGGGGCCCGCUGCUUCCGGUGAGUUUGAGCCUCGAGUCGACGUGACUCUGUGGUCAAACAAAGAAGAUGGAACCUCGUCGUCCGCCUGCUCUGAGCUCCAGUCUCCAGACGUGGAGCUGGUGGAGCCGGAGGAGCCGGAGGAGCCGGAGGAGCCGGAGGACGGGGAGGACGUGCUGGUGAAGGAGGAGAAGAUGGAGACCAGCGUGGCAGCAGAACCGGACCGGACCGGAGAGGGUGAAGGAGAACCGGAGUUGGAGCCUCGUGGAGCUGCAGGACGGAGGUCUGAUGCUCCGUUCACCUCCGGCCAAGCCCAGAUCCACCGACAUACGGCCCGGAUGAGACGGACCAGCAGAGAUGUGGAGGAGGAUGAGGAUGAGGAUGUGGUUCUGGUGAAGGUGGAGCAGGUGGAGCCGGUGACUGGGACCUCCACCUCCCCAGACGUCAGCAUUCAGGAGGGACUGGUGGAGUCCAGCACCGACGACUACAAGCCACCGCCCGAAACCCUGCAGCCGUCCAGAACCCAGCUGGUGGACCUGCAGGACUGUGGGCGGGGCCUAUCAGAGUUCACGGCAGCUCACCUGCCCCCCCCACCAGGAGACCCCAGCAGCAUCAUGGUCCAGCUGGACCCCCCCACGCAGCCCGGAGCCCCUGGUACCACAGACUACUCUCUGUUCGAGUUUGAGACCUUCAUCAGCCACUGGACCCCCGACGGCGGGACCCUGACCCCCCCCCAGAACCCCCAGACCUCUAAAGCCGACUCAGCAGAUCCGGGCCGAGGCGGAGCUGCUGCUGUGAAGCCGAAGGCGGCGGCUUGGUCGGCUGCAGGCCUCGGGACGUCGUUGAGAAAAUCGUUGUCCGGGGCAACAGUUUCAGCAGCUGAGCACCAGAUCCUUCACCUCCGGAGCAGCAUUUCUCCAGCGGAGGAAGCUCCUUCGUCCAGCUCAGCUAAUGCUAACGUCAGCGUUUCUGGUUCUGGUUGUGGUCCGUCUCACAGGACUAAUGGGACCCCAAGAGCCUCGUUUCCUGUUGGUGGAUCCACAGGAGUUGACUUGGAGGAAAUCAGAUCUGUUCAUCAUAAACAGUUUUCUGGCUGCCCUAAACCCCUGGCGGCUAGCGGCGCGGCUAGCGGCGCGGCGGCGGGCCGACGCAGGUACGUGUGCAGGACUUGUGGGAAGGGUUUCUCCGGCGUGUCCAACCUGGAGGCCCACCAGCGCGUCCACACCGGGGAGAAACCCUUCACCUGCAGCACCUGUGGGCGGAGCUUCUCGGAGGCCGGGAACCUGAAGAAGCACCAGAGGGUCCACACCGGGGAGAAACCCUACUGCUGCUCCCGCUGCGGGAGGAGGUUUGCCUGGAUCUGCAACCUCAGGACCCACCUGCAGGCGGCCGCCGGCUGUGGGGGGGGCGGGGUGGUGGGGUGGGGCGACCUCGGGGUAGGGUGA